UUAAUCCAGACCCGGACAAUGCUGCCAUAUUUGUUGUUAUAGUAGUUGCACGCUGUUCCUAUCCCAGUCCAGAUGAAUCUGCUGUAGGAGAGAAUAGGACCUAGUCCUGCCAAGAAGGAAGGUCCUGACAGAAAGACACAGUCACUUCUGCAUGUGGAUCAAACUAUACAAAUUAUGUGAAAGAACAGAAGCUGAAGCCUCUUACCUGGUAUGUGUGAGCGGUUUGUUCGGCUGCAGGCAGUGAAGAGCAGCAGCAGCAGCAGCAGCAGCAGUAGGACGGUGGUGACUUCAGACAGUGUAUCAGCAAUCAUGGGGCAGAUGAGCCCAGAUCACUCUGCAGUGGAGGACCAGUAAGUAGGACACAAACAUGAAGGAGAGGAGUGGAGUUUUUCUUGCGUGGAAAGUGCUGCUGGUGGGCAUGUGUGCACUGCUGCUCCUGAGCUCAGCAGGUUUGGGGUACCUGCUGGUUCGACAGGGAGAGCUGACAGAGGAGCUGCUCAGGUUGGAUGCCCAGAUGCAGGCGCUGUCACAGAGCUGCAGCCUGCGGGCAGGAGUCCUCCCCAUAGACCCCGCACAGGCUGGAGAGCUGAAGAAGCUCCACCGCAGCAGAAGAAACCAGGAGAAACCAACACAAAGCCAAGACGAGAAGGAUAUGCUGAUGCUGAUGACCUACUCGAUGGUCCCGGUCAAAGCCUUCAUAGAUUUGUGUAACAGCUCCAGAGGAAUUUGUUUAACAGGACCACCUGGACCAGCAGGUUUGCCUGGGAGAGCUGGUUCACCAGGACCACAGGGUGUGCCCGGGCCGGAGGGGAGACGAGGAAGAAAAGGUCCUCCUGGUCCAAGGGGUCCACCGGGUCCACCAGGCCCACCUGGUCCAUCCUGUCGUGCUAGGUGUACUAAAGCAAGAAACAAAACCGUCAGAGAACAAAUCCAUCAAAGUAACAUGUUGAUGGAUUCAUCUGCUGUUCUAAUCAAGGAUGACUUCAAUGAAACUGACACAGUAAACAUCAGCAGCUCCACAAUAAACAAGAGCGAAUCACCAACACCACAUUCAGCUGAUGAAAGCAGAGAUGUAUUGAAUGUUACAGUCUCUAGAAAACGUCCAGAUACAAGAGUGGAAUCUGAGUCGGUAUCAGUUCAUACAGAGUACAGCCACGACAGCUUGAAUGAUACCAACACAGACAAUGUUACAGAGGCACCAAUUAAAUUAUUAACAGCCGUUUUUCUACCAGACAUGAUUCAGAACAGUGACACCUUCAAUGGCAAUGGAAACAUUACUAUCACCAUGAAAAAUGAGUUAGUAUCACCUCGUCCAGACUACAGACCUGACAGGUGGAUUGAAACCAGCACAGAGGAUGUUUCAGAGGCACCAGUUAACGUAUUAACAGAUUUGGUAUCAUUUCAUGAAGAAUUCAACCAGGACACCCUGAAUGACUCCGACACAGAGGAUGUUACAGAGGGACCAGUUCAAUUAUUAACAGUGUUACCAACACCACCUCCAGCUCAUGAAACCAGAGAUGUUGUUAAUGUUACUGUCUCAGAGAAACUUAAAGACACAGAUAAGGAAUCUGAUUUGGUAUCAUUUCAUAAAGAAUUCAACCACAAUACCCUGAAUGACUCCCACACAGAGGAUGUUACAGAGGGACCAGUUCAAUUAUUAACAGCUCAUGAAGCCAGAGAUGUUUUUAAUGUCACUGACUCAGAUAAACUUAAAGACACAGAUAAGGAAUCUGAUUUGGUAUCAUUUUAUAAAGAAUUCAGCCAGGACACCCGGAAUGACUCUAAUACAAAGGAUGUUACAGAGGGACCAGUUCAAUUAUUAACAGCCCCACUUUAUGUGGACCACAACAGUGAUGCCUUUAACAACAGUGGAACCAUUAUUGAUACACUCAUAAAAAAUGAUUCUUCGUAUUCACCCCAAAAUAACAACAAGCUAAAUUUGACUAGCAACGAGAGAUGGACAAAAACUGUUCAAAUUCCACCACAUUCAGCUGAUGAAAGCAGAGAUGUAUUGAAUGAUACCGACUCUAGAAAACAUCCAGAUACAAGAGUGGAAUCUGAGUCGGUAUCAGUUCAUCCAGAGUACAGCCACGACAGCUUGAAUGAUACCAACACAGACAAUGUUACAGAGGCACCAAUAAAAUUAUUAACAGCCCUUCUUCCUCCAGACAUGAUUCAGAACAGUGACACCUUCAAUGGCAACGGAAACAUUACUGUUACCAUGAAAAAUGAGUUAGUAUCACCUCGUCCAGACUACAGACCUGACAGGUGGAUUGAAACCAGCACAGAGGAUGUUUCAGAGGCACCAGUUAACGUAUUCACAGAGUCAGCAUCCUCUCAUCAAGAUAACAGCCACGACACCUUAAAAGAUACUGAUAGAGAGAAUGCUACAGAGGCACCAAUUAAAUUACUAACAGCCUCACUGUCUACAGACAUGGCUCAAAAGACAGACACCUUCAAUAACAGUAGAAACAUUAUGGAUACACCCAUGAAAAGUGAGUGCCAAAUGAAAAGUAUAAAAUGUUCGGAGAAAGCCACCAAGAUGCAAAGCACUUAUGGAGCCUGGAUGACCGAUGCGUCCCAACUGGAUGAUGGUCGAUACUGGCUGGCCGAUCAUUUUUCAGGUCGACUUUUGGCAGAGCACAGGAACAUUUCCACGAUUCAGAAUACAAGCAACAAAUUAAUAGAUGUAAAGAGUUUCUACCAGGGCUGUGGACAUGUUGUUUACAAGAAGUCAUUGUACUUUCACAACGCAGGAACAAAAAAACUUAUAAAAUUUGACCUGAACACCAGGAGAACAAACGUUCUGAUCAUGGCAAACAGCAGAUAUCACAACCUGGCUUAUCUUUUCCGCAACUCCAAGACGUACUUCAAGUUUGCUGUGGAUGAAAAUGGACUGUGGGUCAUUUUUGCAGCAGAUACAGACGAUAGUACCAUGGUUGCGAAGCUCAGCCCUGACACAUUCUCUGUGGAGUCGAUCAUUAACACUCACUACCCUACAACUAAAGCAGGAAAUGCUUUCAUCGUAUGCGGCAUGUUAUAUUUUACAGACGACAAAGACAGAAGAGUUACAUAUGCCUUUGAUUUAAAGAAAGAGAGUCCUCAGGAUGCAAGUUUUGAUUUAAGGCCAGCUAAUGGCAUCUUGGCCAUGCUGUCAUAUUAUCCCAACAAAAAGCUUUUGUAUAUGUGGGACAACAGCAGUGUGAAAACCUGCAGAGUUAAACUUAAACUAACCUAAAAAUAAAUAACUACAAACCUUGUAAAAUGGGCAAUAAAAGUAGUUUUUUUUAAAUCUCAGUUACUUACAUGAAUUCUUGGAAACACUGACCUGAUUUUGACACAGGGAGAAGUUGCUGGUAGAGGUUUAAUAGGUCACACUGGAUAAUGUUUGCAAUAAAUGUGUGACUAUGUACUUCAUAUAGAUAUAGAUGAUAUUCUCCCAAGUGUGUUGUGUGAUAUUGAUAUUGUGUGACACUGUAGACACAUGAUGUAUGGAAACACAUAAUGGAGGAGUUUCAGCUGUCCUACAUUUUGGACGCAGGACAUGCACUGCUUUCUCAUACGAGAACCUCUGUCUGGAGAAAAUGCCGAAUUACCGACUGAGCAAAGCAGGUAACUGUGUUGGUGCCCCAGACCCACAGUGGGCCCAAAGGUCCAGGUUUCACUGUUUCUUUCUUUCCAAGGUUUAUUUAUAUUUUGUAUAUAUCCAUACGUAUUCAAAUAUAGAUACAUAUAUCUAUACAUCCAUCUACCACAUGCAUAAACAGACACAAAAUGUUAUUAUUUAUUAUUGUGUAGCCAAACAACAAAUUAAGGUCUGAAACCUGCUGCAUUUAGAGGCACCUUCAACAUUUGCCAUUAUUUUGCACAAAACUAAAUACAUUUUUAAAGAUAUAAUUGUAUUUUUACUUUAAUUGUAUAUAAAGGGAUAGUUUAAAUUGAUAUGAAACAAGUAGGGACAACAAAAUAUUAUAAUCUUGCUGCUUCUAACCUCAUGUUGUGGGUCGGACGAAGGGGGGAUGGAGGGCAAGAAACGGCCCCUGGGCAUGCUUUUUGAGCCACUGCUUCGAGCCACUCGUUUACUUUGUGAGGUUCAGACCUUGGUUAUUUGCUUGAGUGCCAUAUUACUCAGAAUCCAAAUCUAAUUCUUCCUUUUGUAGGCUUUUGGGGUGUGUUCCCAAAAGUAUUACUACAUUUUUCCUGUUCUAUUAUGUAUAAAGUAUCUUUUAUCUUGUAUUUUUUACAUUUAAAGAAUAUGUGUGUAUGGUCAGCAAUAUUUUCCCCACAUUCAGCAACUAGACUUUAUAUUUACCUGGAUAAAGUUGACGUGUUCAAAAAUACCUUAUUAUCAUCUUCCAAGCAUAUUCCUUCUAAUAGGGUGAUCUUAUGUAGAGGUAAAUAUCCACUCAUUAUCAGGUAAAGUUGUUUUGAGUUCUUUCUCCCAUUUAUCUUUGAUAUAGUACACAUUUUAAAUUUAAUUUUUUUGAAGUAGGCCUGUUUGGAAGAUUUGUCUAGUUGUUUUUUGGGGGGUUAUAACUUGAGCCUUGGUUAGUCUUUACCAUGUAACUCUUCAAAUUUGCAUUUUGCAUUGCAUUUUUUUUAACUUGCAAGUAUUGAUAAAAAUGAUUUGUAGAAAAAACAUAUGUAUUAGCAGAAUUUAAAAGAAAUGCAUUCCUUCUUCAUAAAAGGCUAUUUUGGAUACCACUAAUAAACUUGAGGGCUACGUUAACUCUCGAUAUUGAUUUAUACAAAGAGGGAGAUCGAGUAGAAUAUAUUGUUACAGAAUAUAUAAACCGGUUGGAGCAAGUUUUUCCCCUAUUUCUGAUUAUUUGGAAAACAAAUGAGUUAUUAUUGCCAAAAUUUGUGUUAUUUAUUAUGAUAUCUGAGUGAUAUGUGUUAUGUUUCCUAGUAUGCUUGGCAGUGUAGUUGCCUGUGUAAAAUAAACUUUUGUAAUAUAUACUAAGAUAUAAACGAUAAA